CUAGAUGGUCUUGCUGCUUUCCGAGCUUUUCUGAAGUCUGAGUACUGCGAAGAGAACAUUGAGUUCUGGUUGGCCUGUGAGGACUUCAAGAAAACCAAGUCACCCCAGAAGCUGACAUUGAAAGCAAAAAAAAUCUACAAUGACUUCAUUGAAAAGGAGGCUCCCAAAGAGAUAAACAUAGACUUCCAAACCAAGAACAUGAUUGCACAGAAUAUUCAGGAAGCCACGCAUACCUGCUUCAGUGCAGCGCAGAAGAGAGUUUACAGCUUAAUGGAGAAUAACUCGUACCCACGGUUUUUGGAAUCCGAAUUCUACCAGGAGCUGUGCAAGAAGACACCCAUCACCAGAACAGCCCAGGGUACAUGA